AUGGCCGAGUUGCGAUUGGCGGGAGUUUCGAAGGUCUACCCCAACGGAUUUCGUGCCGUCAGCGAUGUGAAUCUGGACAUCGCCGACGGCGAGUUCCUUGUUCUUGUCGGCCCGUCGGGCUGCGGAAAAUCCACACUCCUGCGGAUGAUCGCAGGCCUCGAGGACGUCACCGAGGGUGCCAUCGAGAUCGACGGCCGGGUCGUCAACGCCGAGACGCCACGCGAGCGCGACAUCGCCAUGGUGUUCCAGAACUAUUCCCUGUAUCCGCACAUGACGGUACGAAAGAACAUCGGAUACUCCCUCCGGCUGGGGAGGGUCCCCAGAGACGAGGCGGCCCGGCGGAUAGAAGAUACCGCCGCGAUGUUGGAGCUGACCGAUCUGCUCGAUCGCAAACCCGGCGUCCUGUCGGGCGGCCAGCGUCAGCGAGUGGCCAUGGGUCGUGCCAUCGUCCGAAAGCCGGCGCGUUCUUGA